GCUUUGAAAUUGUGUUUCGAACCUCGUUUUGGAAAAUUAGUGGCAGUGAAAUGAAUCCUAGAUAGAAGAAAUUUGGUUUUGGAAAUGAAGAUUAGAUAUUCUUUUUCAAUUUUGAUUCCCAUCAAUGUCUAAGGUGCUAAAGUUUAAGCCCUCAGAGUUGAAUGAUAUCAACGUUUUGGAGGCAUAUGAGUUAAGGUUUACUAGCAAUUCAAAGGCGUCAUUGUCAACCUCUCCACUGGUUAACAAGUGGGCAACCUUGGCAAGGCCUUUCAACUCAAGGCUUGUUGGCAAUGAUGUUAUUGGAGUUGAUAUGGGAACCACCAAUUCAUGUGUGUUAGUGAUGGAGGGAAAGAGUGCUAGAGUAAUUGAGAAUGCUAAAGGAGCUCGAACUACACCAUCUAUUGUUGCAUUCAACCAACAAAAGGAGCUGAUUGUUGGGACGCCAGCCAAAUGCCAGGCGAUAACUAACCCUACAAACACCUUACAAGCAACAAAGGAUGCUAGUCGAAUCGCUGGGCUGGAUGUUCAGAGGAUUAUCAAUGAACCAACUACCACCAUACUUUCCUAUGGGUUAAAUAACAAGGAGGGCAUCAUAGCAGUGUUUGACCUCGGAGGUGGAACUUUUGAUGUUUCUAUAUUAGAAAUUUCAAAUAGUGUGUUUGAGUGGAUGAGCUCAAGCGGAUAUACCACAUUGAUCUCUCAAAGGACACGCACCCUACAGAGGCUUCGGGAGGUAGAAGAAAAGGCUAAGAUUGAAGUCUCAUCCACAACCCAGACUAAAGUCACCUUACCAAUCAUAACUGCUGAUGCGUCUAAAACUAAACAUUUGAAUAUAACUCUAACCAGAUCCAAGUUUGAGGGUCUGGUGAGCAGAUUGAUUGAGAGGACAAGAGACCCGUGUAAGAACUGUGUGAAGGAUGCUAGGAUAUCCCUUAAUGAAGUGGAUGAAGUUUUGCUUGUGGGAGGAAUGACAAGUGUUCCAAAGGUGCAGAAAGUAGUAGCAAAAAUUUUUGGAAAAGCUCUAAGCAAGGGUGUUAAUCCUAACAAGGCAUUUGCAAUGGAAGCAGCAAUUCAAGGUGGCAUUCUUCAAGGUGAUGUUAAGGAGCUGCUUCUGUUGGAUGUGACCCCUCUGUCACUUGGUAUUGAAACUCUAGAUGCUAGGUGCUGGUAUCAUGCCAUUUCUAAGCCCACAUGUUUCUGUCAAGGAGUGGUUUUCUCUACUGCUGUGGACAACCAAACUCAGGUGGGAAUUAAAGUACUUCAAGGUGAACGUCAAAUGGUGGCAGACAACAAGCUUUUGGGUGAGUUUGACCUUGUUGGUAUUCCCUCUAUGCCUAGAGGCUUGCCACAAAUUGAGGUGACAUUUGAUAUAGAUGUCAAUGGGAUUGUAACUAUUUUUGCUAAGGAUAAGGCAACAAAUAAGGAGCAGCAGAUUACAAUCCAAUCUUUUGGAGGACUUUUAGAUGAUGAGACCAAUAAGAUGAGCUUGGGUGAGUACAAGAGCAAGAUUCUAGAUGAAGUUACAAGAGAGAUAGGGCCUGCAGUGGAAGAUUUGAGGAAAGUAAUGGCGGGUGAUAAGGCUGAGGAAAUCAAGGCAAAACUUGAUGGGGCAAAUAAGGCUGUUUCAAAAAUUGGAGAGCAUAUGUCUAGAGGGUUUGGCAGUUCUUCAUUGGAAAGGUCUCAGGGUAGUGAUGAGGUCCCAAAAGCAAAAUAUCAAGAGGCUAUAAGAGAAUAUCAUGGAAUAGAAUAAGGAAAUCAAUCUCUACACUAUCAUUGCAGAGUUAUAACAGUAUGUAUAAAUAUUUUUUCCUUGUAUAGUAGCGUCUUUCUAGGCUUCAUUACUGGUGCCAAUUUGUAUAUAUGAUUAGAAUCCACAGUAAUGAAAAUCUAAUGCAAUU